UCAAGGAACUGACGGAACUGUUGGAGCCCUUUGAGAAAAUCAGCAGGGAAUUCUCUUCGGCAACUGAGCCGACUCUGCACUUGGCAGUUACUUAUUUAACAGAGAUUAAGCGACAUCUGGAUGAAAUGCGUAUUAAUACUCAGGCAUUGUGGAUACAAGAAGUUGCGGCGGCAGUGACUGCGCCAAUCGACAAAGCGCUGGCAGACUGGAAAAAAGAUAUCGUGUAUGUUGGCCAAGUACUUGAUCCCGCCUUUAAAGAUACCCUUUUUGGAGAAGCGGAAAAAGGAGUGGUCAGAGGGCAGCUUAAAAAUAUGCUGGCAAAGUAUAGCCCUGGCACCGGAUGUGUACAGAGCACUCCACAUCGCGAGGACGAGCCAAAGACGAUUCGGGAAAAAUUGUUGGCACAACGUACGGGCACCCACCCAGCGGCUAUUGACGAAGUGGAAGAAUACCUGAACACAGCCACAGUUCACGACUUGGGUAUUAUGGAUUAUUGGAAAAUCGCCAAAAAGUAUCCCCGACUGCAGAAAUUGGCAAUGGAUUUGUUAGGGAUACCCGUGACUUCCGUGCAGUCAGAGAGAGAAAACUCUAGAGCCAAGCAUUUGAUAACUGAUAAACGUAAUCGGUUGUCCACUUCAUCUGUGCAAGCAACAUUGUGCCUUAAGUCAUGGAAUGGAUUUUUGAAGAAGGAACGUGUUGUGAUUUUGGAUUAAAGUUGUAGUUCUCUUUUCUCUAUCAAAUUUACUAUGAUCAGUACAAACUGUACAAUGUUUAGUAAGCUGACGUUAGGCAUUCGCCGUACCAAGAAAACAACUUAAAAUUUUAAUUGUUAGUCUAGCUGACUAAAACUUUUAACCGAGUCAGUUUUGGCAGCUAAUAUUUUUGACCAAGUUUUAGUUUAGUUUAGUUUAGUCUGUUUUAGUUUGCCCAUCUCUAUGCGUGCGUGCGUGCUAAACUUUUUACCGCCACGGCGCAAAAAAAAUUAUUAUUAUGCUACUAAGCCGCAUUUUUUUAUCUGGCUGUGAUGUUGCUGUUUUUUAUAACGGAAAUAUACCGU